AUGUCAGGGUCCUUUUGGAAGUUUGGACAAGAUUUUGGUUCACAGUCUCCAUUAGCUAAACUGUUGAACAGGGCUUUCAUUAAGAUCGAUGAUAAGCCCACUAGUACGGAAGCAGGGAAAAUUGACUCUAAUAGCACAGAUGAAAGUUUAGAAAGCAAUUCUUUUAAAUCAGAAGACGAAGAAGAAGAAUAUGAGCUGCCUAACAGAGAAGAAGACUACAAAGCUUAUAAGCCAAACCUGUCUCUACUGAAUGAUCUUUUAGAUGAUGAGGAGUUAUAUACAGAACUGAUGUGCUCGAACUUCAAGCUACUAGUGUACUUGAAGUACCCUGAAGUUUUGUCCAAAUUGAUAGAUUAUGUCAGAAAUAGUACCAUACUUGAGUCCAAUAUUGAUAGAGUUACUUCAGAAGACAGAGAUUUAGUACGUGGUGAAGACAAGGACACAACGGAGGACUUUGAGAAUGCUAAAGCAGAUAAGAAAAACAUUGAUGGUACUUUUGAAGAAAAAGAACGUACUCGUAGUGGUGAAGAAGAGGAACUGGAAAAUGAAGAAAAUGAUAGUGCAUCUGAGGAUACUAGAGUCACUCUACCUCAUGAACUAGAGGAACAUGAUGAUACGCGAAGAGCCAGAAUAGCGGCCGAAAUAUUGUCCGCUGACGUGUGGCCCAUAUCAUCUGCUUUGAUUGAAAACGAAGGACUUCUCGCUAAGCUUUGGUCGAUCCUCAGGCUACCUUCUCCAUUGUCAAUUGAAGCGUCAACAUAUUUUAUGAAAAUAAACGAACGCCUCUUGGAUAUGAAUAUGGACGGAAUAAUUGAAUUCAUAUUAAAAAAGGAACACAUUGUUGACGAUUUUUUAGCACAUAUAGAUAAUCCGCCUUUGAUGGAUUUUUUAUUAAAAGUAAUAUCGACCGAUAAGCCAGAAAUAUCAAAUGGAGUUAUACAACUGUUUAAAAAACAGAACUUGGUUCCAAAGUUGAUUCAUUUACUCGAUCCUGUUUUUGAUUCUUGCACACAAUCUGCAGCCGGUGAUUUUCUGAAAGCUCUGGUUACUAUUAGCGGUAACUGUCCUAAUGAGAUUACUUCGAGCAUAGGGCCUAAUGAAUUAACAAGGCAAUUAGUUUCUCCAAAUAUGAUGAAACAACUUAUGGAUAUAAUGCUCAAGGGAGGCAAUUCGUUAAAUAAUGGCGUUGGCAUUAUCAUUGAGCUGAUAAGGAAAAACAAUUCUGAUUAUGAUACCAUACAAACAAAUUAUACUACCAUAGAAUCUCAUCCGCCAACAGAUAGAGACCCAAUUUAUUUAGGAUAUUUGGUUAAAAUGUUUUCUGAACACAUGGCCGAUUUCAACAAAAUACUAACUGAGAAGAAGAUUCCCCUUUUACAGACGUCCUAUGGAACGAUUGAACCGUUGGGAUUUGAAAGGUUUAAGAUCUGUGAACUUAUUGCUGAACUAUUACACUGCUCAAACAUGACUUUAUUGAAUGAACCGAGUGCCUAUGACAUUGUAAGAGAGCGUGAUGCCGAAAGAGAGAGAAUCUUCAAUUCACAAAAUUACGUAGAUUCUAACGAUCGUAGUGAAUUAAAAGAAAAUGAAGACGACAAUACAGGUGAUGCUGAUGAUGAAGUGGAAGAUGAUACAAAUCAGGUAGAAUCCGCUAAUACCUCCAUUGAUGGUGAAGAAGUUAUCGAUAAGUUAAAUUCUUUACAGAUAGAAACCAACAAAGUAAACCAGAACAUGAAUAAUGAAGAGCAACAUAGUUUAAUGCCAGACUUCAACAAUGGUGAUUUUAAGGACGAGGAAGAUGAAAAUCCAUUUGAACCCCAAUAUUCAGACGUCAUUUUGGAUUCUUCUGAUAUAGAAAAAAACUUUCGUGUGUCUCCCAACGUUGGAGAUCAGCUGAAAAUCAGUUUACAAGAUACCAGAGUAAUAGAUACUAUGCUCGAAAUGUUUUUUCACUUCCAGUGGAACAAUUUCCUUCAUAACGUAGUGUACGAUGUUGUUCAGCAGAUUUUUAACGGUCCCCUCAAAAUAGGUUAUAAUAGGUUCCUUUUAGAUGAUCUCCUAAUCAACAUCCGUUUAACUGAUAUGAUUAUUAACGGAAACAAUGAAUGCAUAGAAUAUGAGAAAGGACAUGACACCAGGCUUGGAUAUAUGGGCCAUUUGACCCUAAUUGCGGAAGAAGUCACCAAAUUUACUGCAUAUAUUGAAGAGAUGAACAUCACCUUUGAAAAUACUGAAGUAAUGAGUUCUUUAUUUGAGAGUAAAUGGAUUGCCUAUACGGAGGAUGUUCUAGAGGAUCUAAAGGAGAAAUACAACGCCAUAUUAGGCGAUAUAGCUGAAGAAGGAGACAUGUUGCAAGAUGAAGAAGAGGAUGCUGUAUACGACAAGGGAGAGCGCACUAUGGGUACAGUCGAUGACUACAUUAAUGACAUAAUGCAAAUGGACAAUGUACGGUGUCAAGAGGAGGAAGAGGAUGAAGGAGAAGGGUAUGUCAGCUUUGAUGAAGAUGAACCCCAAGAAUAUCGUAAUGGUGAUUCCGUUAGAAGCAAAGAAUCGAAUUCAUCAGAAGGCAAACGUGACCAAGAGCAGCUUUACUAUGAGUACGUUAACGAAGAUGGUACAAAAACAAGAUUAAACUUCAAUCCUGAUUCUGACGCCACGGAACAAGUUCCAGGUGAAGUGAAUCGCGAUCAUAAGAUACCAUUGAAGCUUAAGCGAAGUUUUACGGAUGCAUGCAAAUCUGAAACAAUACCAAAUAAUACAGUUAAUGCUAAGGAAGAAAGUGUAUUUCAAUUUAGCAAUGAACUUAGUGACGGCUGGGAGUCAUCACCUUCUAAUUCUAUACCCAAGCGUGCUUCUCCAUCAAAAAAUGGCAUGAAUUCACCUAUGUUUCAACACCAGUUUGAACUUCAUAGCCCCACCGAUGAAUUUGGAGGUCAUAAAGACGAAAUAUUAAGCGCGGAAGGCCAUGACUACGACAUAGAUGAAUACGAUGAACUGAGCGAUGACAGUGAUGAAGAGUAUGAUAACUGUGAAGACGAAGACAGUUUGGAUUAUGCUGAUUCCGCCGCAUAUGCAUUGUGUAGAUCCAAAAGUAAGGACAAGAUAUCAUGGGAUGAAGAAGAACAGGCGCGAUUAAUGGGCGUUGUAAAAUUUAAUUCAGAGCAUUACAGGGACUAG